CACCGGCGUUCGUUUUGGCAGCUGCCUUCAGACUAGAAUGGCGACAGCUCUGUGCGGUUUGCAGUCUAGUGACAGCAAACCAACGAGAACUGCUCGAGAGCCGCGGAGGAAAGUAAAAGAUUCCCGAAGGAGACAGGCCGCUCUGCUGUUUCUCAAUAAUAUCUCUCUCGACGGACGACCCCUUUGUCAGCUUAACGUAAAUGACGACCAAAAUGCUGCGGAGGAACCACGGCUCGGGGACAGAGACGGCGCUGCGGCGGAGCAGCAGCCUAAUGAAGGACCUGGGACCCAGCAGGUGACCGAAACCUUCGCGGCYGGUAACGGCUCAUCCUCCAGUUUACCAGGGGUGUUCAAUCCUGUCCGGCCCUCCGUGGUAACGUCUCCGGCUCCGGGACCGACCGCUACGGGUUCCAUUGGACCCAACGAGGUGUUUUUAGAGAGCGGCGGUGCGGUGGAGACGCUCACCCCGGACACCCCUCUGUCUCCGGUCCCAGCCGGACACCAGCCGUGCUCACGAGCCAAGUCAACACCCGCCGCACUCAGCCCGGUCCCGGCCGGAACCCCCGUGGAUUCACGUCCGAGGCUGAGGAACACCUCUGGUUCUCCAGGACCCAAAGUGCCAAAGAAAGUCCACUUCAUUAAGAGUAUGAGGCAGUAUGAUACCAGGGGAUGCAGGAUCAUGCUGAUCUGUGCCAAGCGGUCACUAUAUGCUGCUUUCUCAGUGCUGCCCUAUGGAGAGAGUGCUCACCUCAGUGACCCGAAGCUGGACACUCAGAGACAAAGGCUGUCCUCUGUGGUGGCUCCUGAUCUGCUUCCUGCACUGGAAGGUGUGGAGCUGGGUGCCUUUGGGAAGACGGUGUCCUACGCUCAGUUCCUCUACCCGACCAAUGCGUURGUGAGACAGAAGAACAGCAGCGUGCCAGAGAGCUGCCCAGCUCAGACCCCUCAGUCCCGAUUCCGUGGCACCGGGCCGAGAAGCUCCGCCWCAGCUCGUCUGAACAACAGUGUCGCACAAGACCCACAUGCAGACGAGGCAGCAGAUUAUGACCCGAACCUGCUCAGCGACCCUCAGUGGCCCUGUGGGAGACACAAGAGGGUCCUGAUAUUUGCAUCAUAUGUGACGACUGUCAUUGAGUACGUGAAGCCAUCUGACCUGAAGAAGGACAUGAACGAGACCUUCAGGGAGAAGUUUCCUCACAUCAAGCUGACACUGAGCAAGAUAAGAAGCCUGAAGCGGGAGAUGAGGGCCGUGAGCGAGGAGUGCAGUCUGCAGCCUGUCACCAUAGCGAUAGCAUUUGUUUACUUUGAGAAGCUGGUGCUGCAGGGUCGUCUCAACAAGCACAACAGGAAACUUGUGGCGGCUGCAUGUGUGCUGCUAGCAGCAAAGAUCAGCAGCGAUCUGCGGAAGCCAGAAGUUAAACAGCUCAUCGAC